AUGGCUGCCACCUCCUGCACGCCCUCUGUCCGCCUCGUCCUCACCGGCGAGCACACCAAGAAUGGCGUCUCCUACCCCCAGCUCCACAUUCUUAAUCGAAGUACUAUAUCUGCCCCAAGUGAUGGUUCAAGAGAUGUUGCCCCAAGUGAUGGUUCAAGAGAUGCUGCCCCAAGUGAUGGUCCAAGAGAUGCUGCCCCAAGUGAUGGUCCAAGAGAUGCUGCCCAAACAGGUGCUCCCGGUGGUUCAAAUAAGAAGCCAGUGAAGGAGCCCAAGAAGAAGAAGCGUCAUGACCCAAUGGUGGAGGUGAUGGCAUAA